AGUGUUUUUUGUUUCGUUUCAAAAUGAACACAAAUUUUUUUCAAUAAAUUAUAACCAUUUUGAUAUUCCGGUGAUCAGUAGCUUCUGGGAUUUCAGUGGGAACAGAAUACGAGAAGUAUACACAUUGUUUUCGAGCGAUGCCGCACAAGAUCGCUUUGAUUCUCCUCCUGCUAUGGGCCAUUCGUGGCAAUGUGGCCGUGGUGAGCAAUGCCCAGCUGUUCGAUAAUCUGGUUGAGGAUUUAUUUCAAAAUUUAACGGCAGCCAGAGAUGAUUUAACCAAUCCCCAAAUGUGGCCAUCGGAUUAUGGCGAAGAACUGUUGACUCAGCGCUGGCCGAUUGCACACGAUUACAUUGUGGUUGGGGCUGGUAAUGCCGGCUCCGUUGUUGCCAGUCGCCUCAGCGAAAAUCCCAAUGUCAGUGUGUUGGUCUUGGAGGCAGGUGGUGAUCCUCCUUCGCUUUCAGAGGUAUAUAUUUUAUCCAAUUUAUUGCAAAAAAAACCGAAUACUCAUGGAACGAUUAUGCCGAACCGAACCCGACGAGCUGUAAGGCCAUGAAAGAUGGUCGCUGCUUUUGGCUGCGAGGCAAAAUGAUAAGUGGCACAGCCG